AUGCACGGCGGCGUUGGCCAUGCACUUGCCAGUGGCCUUCGGUGCAAUUUUCGUUUUUGCGCACACGCAAUCUUCAACGCCAUGGGAGCAGACGCCAGGGAUCCAAGGAUGGCAGUGCAGCUGACUGUUCAAGAAACAAGCCUGUCCCUGUGCCAGGUGUAUUUUUUCAUGAUUCCGUACUCUCUCAUUCUCUUCUUUUUGCUGUACCGCUUUGUGCAAGAGGUGCGCAAACAGAGAAAGGACAAGAAGGGGACUACUCCGAUCGAGGUAGUUUGCCCUGGACUUGAUCUUGACGGAAACUUUGGUUUGGCAAGCUUGCUCACACAGCAAUCCGGCCAAACGUCACCCGGCAAAAGCCAUGCUCCUGGUUUCAUUCAACGGCAGCAACAAAUUUUCAAGCCCUCGACCUCCCACAAAUCCUCUUCGAGCAGUGGUGAGCUGCCAAUCCUGCAGCAAGAUGUCAGCAUACCAGAGCAGUCGCUCAAGGGCCUACGAUUACGCCAGAGGAACAAAAACAAAAUAUCAUCUCGCAAAGAUCGCGAGUUGACGUUGAGCACCUCUAGACUGAAGCUGGAUAUGCAAGUUCCGACUCCUGAGAAGGCUGGACCAGCACCAUCGGGCGGUUUGGAAGGGCGUGAUGCAUGGCAGGUCGAGGAGGUCACUUCGGAAGCCUUGCGGAUGGAAGCCAUGCCGAAAGUGCUCCCAUUCCAGAAGCAGCAUGAUCCACUACCUCUUUUUUUCGCUGCGCCGCAGCUUGAGCAUGUGCGCCCUCUAGAGCUGCCUCGGUUCUUGCCACUUCAAACGAAGCGGCAGGAGGAGCGUCCUGCUUCAAGGCCGGCACCAGCAGUGCCGCCAGAGCGAGCUGAAGCCGAAGGAGGAGCGGUAAGGAGCGAGUCGCCCUGCCCGUGA